GAUGCUUGUGUCGGAUUGGCCUAGAUCUUACCAAGAGGAAAUCUCUGCCGUUGACUUUCAAAGAUGGAUCAUCAACAGUAAGAUUUGCUUGAACUCCCCUCUUCUGCUUUGCUCAGAAGCCUACUCCCCUCCAAUGGCGCCCCAACAACUCUCCUCCCUUCUAUGUUCUCUCCUACUCACUCUCACUUGCCUUCUCUUCUCCAGCCAAUGUGCUGUCUCCGGGACCAAUCUAAAGGCAAAUCUUCUCUUGUUGGAUUUUACUAUGUACAUGGGAGACCUUCCUGAAGAAGAAUCUUCUGUAGCAUCACUUCACGUAAGCACGCUACAGAAAGUGGUGGGCAGAGCUCCUAUGUUCUUACGGUGGAAUGAAUUGAACAGUGAAGCAGAAAACCGUCUACUGCACAGUUACAGUAAGAGCUUCAAUGGAUUCUCUGCAAAACUAACGGAGGAAGAGAUGGAAGAGUUGUCAGAUAUGGAUGGAGUGGUGUCCGUAUUCCAAAGUCAAAAGCAAAAACUCCAUACAACAAGAUCAUGGGACUACAUGAAUUUCCCUCUGCAACAAAAUCAUAGGAGCAAGAUACUACCACAAGCAGGGACCAAUUCCCGAAGAAGACAUUCCAUCUCCAAGGGACUCAGAUGGCCACGGGACACACACUGCAUCAACGGCAGCCGGAAACAUUGUCACCAAGGCGAGCUUGUUUGGCUUGGGCCUGGGGACAGCCCGAGGCGGGGUUCCCUCGGCCCGCAUAGCGGUAUACAAGCGUUUGAGGAUGCAAUCGCCGACGGCGUUGACAUAAUAUCAAUUUCCUUAGGGGGCUACUCCGCUGCUGACUAUUUUUCUGAUCCUAUUGCGAUCGGAUCUUUUCAUGCCAUGAAGAAAGGAAUAUUAACAUCCGCUUCGGCCGGUAAUGAAGGUCCUCACCGUCAGACAAUCUCAAAUGUGGCGCCUUGGCUUGUCUCGGUGGCUUCGGGCACCACGGACCGCAAGUUCUUAACCCCAGUUAAGUUGGGAAACAGAGAAGUUUACAUGGGAUUUUCACUUAAUACAUUUGAGCUCAAUCGCAUGUAUCAUCUAAUAUAUGCAGGAAAUGUACCAAACAAAAUCGAGGGAUUUGAGGGAUCCAUUUCAAGAAGCUGGUUUCCAGUGAAAGUAAUGUUUCAUUAUAAAACCAAACACCCCUUAACUUUUGCUAAAUGGGAAACUGAUGCUACGUGCCUGCCUGACUCGUCAUGGAACUGUAGGUUUUGUGCCAACAACUCAUUGGACAAAACUUUGACCAAGGGAAAAAUAAUCCUUUGCGACUUAUCCGAAAAAACAUCGAUAGAUACCAUACCCUCCAGUGGCGUUGUAGGGUAUGUUCUGCAAUAUCAAGAUUCUGAUGAAACUGCCAGGGCUUAUCCAAUUCCUGCAGCUUGUAUGCAACAGGAACAAGGCGUCCACCUGCUUGAUUACAUAAAUUCAACCAGAAACCCAACUGGAGUUAUAAUGAAAAGUAUAGAACGGAUAAAACCACUAGCCCCUAUUGUAGCCAGAACUUCCUCAAGGGGUCCAAACCCCAUUUCACCAGGCAUUCUUAAGGAAUCCACCCAUGGAUGU